AAGACGGAAGUGGGUUGAAAAGGAAAGAGAAGGGGAAACGAGCCGGCAUAGUGAUUUGGAGACAGGGGAGGGAGAGACUGGACCGCACAUCUAUUGUCAAGGCCAUUUUUUAUUCGUUUGUUUGAAUGAGAUUAAGUUAGAACCGCGCGCAAUAGAAAGAAAUCCCCCCCAUUUUCGAAAGCGGAAGCCAAUGAAUUAGGUUUGCUUACUUGCCACGUCUGUAGAAAAAAAAUCUUAGCUGAUUAUAGCAGCAGGAGAACUAUCUAAACCAUCUAACACAGGGUUAGGCUAAUUUGAUAACAUUUUACGAAAGUAGGUUAGACCUGUCAAAUUUUAGUGCGUUAUUGAGUCACUGCUGUUAGGAGGAAGAACGUAUUUUCACGCCACUAAUCUACUACAAUCAACGUUUUCCCGUCUUGGUGGGGCGUUGUUUCUUUUUUUUUUUCAUUUCAGGACAACUCGAGCUGAAGUCGAAGUUCUAAGAAACGUUUUAGAGAAGGAAAAAAACUAACUAGGCUUAGCCUACGCUCGCAAACAAGACAAUGUCUGGAAACAACAGCAUCGACGCGGUUAAGCGAAAGAUUAAAGUUUUACAGCAACAGGCAGAUGAAGCCGAAGAAAGAGCAGAAAUUCUUCAGAGACAGGUCGAGGUGGACAAAACAUCAAGAGAACAGGCUGAGGCUGAGGUUGCUUCCCUGAACCGGCGUAUCCAGCUGGUUGAGGAGGAGUUGGACAGGGCCCAGGAGCGACUGGCCACUGCUCUGCAGAAACUGGAGGAGGCAGAGAAGGCUGCGGACGAAAGUGAGAGGGGCAUGAAGGUGAUUGAGAACCGAGCCCUGAAGGAUGAGGAGAAGAUGGAGCUACAGGAGAUCCAGCUGAAAGAGGCCAAGCACAUUGCUGAGGAGGCUGAUCGCAAGUACGAGGAGGUGGCUCGUAAGCUGCUGAUCAUCGAGGGGGAUCACGAGCGCACAGAGGAGAGGGCAGAGCUUGCUGAGGCUAAAUGUGCUGAACUGGAGGAGGAGCUGAAAAACGUCACCAAUAACCUUAAGUCCCUGGAGGCCCAGGCGGAGAAGUACUCCCAGAAGGAGGACAAGUAUGAGGAAGAGAUUAAGAUCCUGACUGACAAGCUCAAAGAGGCUGAGACUCGUGCUGAGUUUGCUGAGAGGUCUGUGGCCAAGCUGGAAAAGACCAUUGAUGAUCUGGAAGAGAGACUGGCCAAUGCCAAGGAGGAGAACCUCAAGAUCCAUGCCACCCUGGACCAGACUUUGCAGGACCUCAACAGCUUCUAAGAACCCCCAGAUGGACUCCCAAAAACCAUCUUCCUCCACUUAUCCCUUUGCCGACCUUUGCUUUCCGCCUCUCUCUCGUUCAGUCUCUCAUUUCUCCCUGCUCUGCUGUAGUGGAGGGUAGGAAAAAUCCCCACUGGAGGGUGCCAAAACAACUAUUUACAAUGACACCUUUAUUCUCAACAGCAUUGAUUGUUCUUGUUAAACUUUAGGUGUUCUCCAAUGUGACAUCUUGCGGAAGCUCUUGCCUUUAUCCAUUGGAAUGGUGUUUAAUAGGGGAACUCUGUCGUACUUGUGUGGUCUAUUAUUCUAUCUUCUCCUUGCUUGUGUGGUCGAUUAUUCUAACUUCUCCUUGUUUGAAUGGGGCUAGCAUGACUGCCUUUAAGGAUUUAUUGCCAAGUAAACAAGAACAUGGUUAGGCCACUCAUCCAUUAUAGCCCAUUAGAAAAAGGGGGAAACUGAGCAUUUUUUUUUUUUUACCAGCCAUUUACUACAUGAUACUAUUUACUCCUGUCCUGCUGUUGUAUACUCUGGCCUGGUUCUAUUUUGUUUGCUAGCACCUUCCCCUAACUCCUAAACCCUGAAUGUUCACACAUCUGAAAGGGGUAAACAAGAUGGAGUAAGCUCCACUUGGCCUAUCAGAGGGAUGGGUCAUUUCCACAUAGCUUAGGCCUAUGCAGUCCUUUCUGACUAGUUAACACCAAAAAGGGUUAGUGGAUAGGGUACAGAAUGUAACUGGCUUUCUGUCCUCCUAUAUCGCUCCUUUUGCCUACUUUACACCAAUACGGUUUGGGACCAAAACCACAUUGGGUGGUGGUUUUCCUAUUCCUUAGGUAUUUGUUUGUGUGCCUGAUAUUUUGUUUUAUCCCACUUAUAGCCACUAUCACAAGACAAUGCUGCACUUGUAUGACUUUAAUUAUUUGGCUGCGUUUACAUAGGCAGCCCAAUUCUGUUUUUUCACUAAUUGGUCUUUUGACCAAUCAUAGCAGAUCUUUUCAUAUUAGCUCUUUUCUAAGCUGAUCUGAUUGGUCAAAAUACAAAUUAGUGUGAAAAAUAUUAGAUUUGGCCUGCCUGUAUUAACAUAGCCUUUUAAGUUUGACAGGUUUAUGGUGAAGUACUUGGGUUAAAAAAAUCAAUGGCUAUCACCUUGCCAGUACCAUGCCAAUUAUAGAAAAUGGGUGGGGGAUCUGAUCAGUGUGAUGCGAAACUAUACAUUUUUAGUAGGGGAUUAAACUAAAACACCAAAAAUUAACUCAAUGUUUUAACUGGAAACUCACUGUGUAUAACCACUUUGUUUGUCUUGUUCCAUUGUAAUGACUUUUUGAUGUUGAAUAAAGACCAUGAUUUUUACUGCCAUACAAAA